CUCACACACCAAAGAGUCAUGCAGGAAAGACCAGUCAGCUGACACUCGUAAACUUGCAAGCCAAGCACAUGUACAGAUGUUGCUAUCCUGUGUUGCUGUCCUGUUUUUCCUUGGCACUGUACACACGGCUGAAGUCUGCUAUGGCAGGCUAGGCUGCUUCACAGAUGACAUGCCCUGGGCUGGCACAGCAGAGAGGCCCAUCGCUAAGUUACCCUGGAGUCCAGAGAAGAUUAGCGCCCGCUUCCUCCUUUACACCAGGCAGAACCCAAACAAUCACCAGGAAAUUACAGCUGACAAAGUAGAGACUAUUCUGGCAUCAAACUACAGGGGAAACAGGACGACACGCAUCAUCACCCAUGGAUACAUUGAUAAAGGAGAUGAAAACUGGCUGAUUGACAUGUGUAAACUGAUGCUGCAAAUAGAAGAUAUAAACUGCAUCUGUGUAGACUGGAAGAAAGGAGGGAGAACCCUGUACACGCAAAGUGCUCAGAACAUCCGAGUGAUUGGAGCGCAGAUGGCUGACAUGGUUACAACAUUUCAGACCAACUUUAAGCAGAAGCCAGCUGACUUUCAUAUAAUCGGACACAGUCUAGGGGCACAUGCUGCUGGUGAAGCAGGCCGAAGACUCAAAGGUCUUGGUAGAAUCACUGGUCUUGAUCCUGCAGAGCCAUACUUUCAGGGAACUCCCAUCUUGGUCCGACUGGACCCUAGUGAUGCAGUUUUUGUUGAUGUGAUUCACACAGAUUCACUUCCCAUGCUUCCUUAUGUUGGAAUGGGAAUGUCGCAGGCUGUGGGUCAUCUUGACUUCUACCCCAACGGAGGGGAACACAUGCCAGGCUGUGACAAGAAUGUCAUUUCUCAGAUAAUUGACAUAGAUGGGAUUUGGGAAGGAACCCGGGACUUUGUGGCCUGCAAUCAUCUGAGGUCUUACAAGUACUAUUCGGACAGCAUCUUAAACCCAGAGGGCUUCCUCGGAUACCCUUGUAAUGACGAUGAGGCAUUUAAAUCUGGUUCCUGCUUUCCCUGCCCCCAGAAUGGGUGCCCUUUCAUGGGUCAUCAUGCAAAUGAGUUCCAUGUACCAAAAGGUGCAGAAAAGUUGAAGUUCUAUUUAAACACUGGAGAUGCCCGGCCUUUUGGACGGUGGCAGUAUAAAGUGACAGUCACAGUCACAGGUGACAGAGCCGUUGCAGGCUACAUUAUGGUAUCUGUAUUUGGGACAAAUGGGAAUACAAAACAAUAUCAGAUUAUGAAGGGAACUCUUCGUCCAGGAAGAACAUACAUUGGUUUUAUUGAUACAGAGUUGGACGUGGGUGACGUUACUAAAGUAAAGUUCCUCUGGAGUAACAGUCAAAUCAAUCCUCUGCUGCCUACAUUUGGAGGUGAAACAGUGGUUGUGCAGAGAGGAGAAGACGGGAAAAUGUUCCAGUUUUGUGGGAGAGGACAAGUGCGAAAAGAUAUCCUUCAAACCCUGGAUGCCUGCACAUUUCUGUAAGAGCUAACGCCAUUCAAAACACUCAAAAUAAAGUCUUAUU